CCACACACACUUAUCAAUGAAGCAAGAGAUCAUGGCGGAUGGCCCCAGGUGUAAGAGGCGAAAACAAGCCAACCCGAGACGGAAAAACGCUCUCAACUAUGAGAACGUGGUGGAGACGGGCUCAGAGACGGAGGAGGAGGACAAGCUGCCGGUGUCCGAAGAAGACCCCCUGAUCAACGGCACCGGCAGCCCGGCCAGCCUCACCAACCCGGAGGCCUCGCCGCAUGCCGAGAGCCACGGCCUGCUCACCAAGGAUGAGGAGGACGACGAGAUGCGGGACAGCGGCGUCGAGCACAUCUGGCCCGACAACGACAUGCUGAGUGCCUCGGUCGAUGGUACUGAUGAAAUAAAAGAUGAUUUUGACACCCUGGGGCCUGAUGCCACUUUGCAGACGGUUGGAAACGGUACAGUCAAGAGCGUCGAUUGCACUUCAGAGUUGGAGGACUUCUUCGCCAAGCGGAAGCUGGACGAUGGCGACAGCCACGUGGUGAGCAUCGCCGAGUACCUGCAGCGUGGCGACACCGCCAUCAUCUACCCAGAAGCCCCAGAGGAGCUGUCCCGCCUGGGAACGCCGGAGGCCACCGGACCAGAGGAGAACGACCUGCCACCUGGAACGCCAGAUGCCUUCGCCCAACUGUUGACCUGCCCCUACUGCGACCGGGGCUACAAGCGUUUGACAUCGCUGAAGGAGCACAUCAAGUACCGCCAUGAGAAGAACGAGGAGAACUUUGCCUGCCCCCUGUGCAACUACACGUUUGCUUACCGCACUCAGCUUGAGCGGCAUAUGGCCACACACAAGCCUGCGAGGGAUCAGCACCAACUGCUCAACCAAGCGGCCGGCAACCGCAAGUUCAAAUGCACCGAGUGUGGCAAGGCCUUCAAAUACAAGCACCAUCUGAAGGAACACCUCCGGAUUCAUAGCGGUGAGAAACCGUACGAGUGCCCCAACUGCAAGAAGCGUUUCUCCCACUCGGGCUCCUACAGCUCCCACAUAAGCAGCAAAAAGUGCAUUGGCCUGAUUGCCGUCAAUGGCAGGAUGCGCACCAACAUGAAGACGGGCUCCUCCCCCACCUCUGCCUCCGCCUCACCCACCAAUACUGCCAUCACCCAGCUGCGGCAGAAACUCGAGAAUGGCAAGCCGCUCGGCUUGGCAGACCACAACAACCACCUGAACAUCAAGACGGAGCCGCUAGACUUCAACGACUACAAGAUGAUGAUGGCGUCUCAUGGAUUCGGUGCUCCUGGACCGUUCAUGAACGGAGUGGGAGGGAACAGCCCACUGGGGGUCCACCACAACUCCACGGCCCAGAGCCCCUUACAGCAUCUGGGGAUGGCCGGGCUUGAGUCUCAUCUCCUGGGCUACCCGGGUCAUCUGGGGAACAAUCUGAGCGAGGUGCAGAAGGUUCUCCAGAUCGUGGACAACACUGUGUGCCGGCAGAAAAUGGACUGCAAGCCAGAGGAGCUCUCCAAGCUCAAGGCCUACAUGAAGGAGCUUGGAUCCCAGGUUGAGGAGCAAAAACAGGCGCUGACAUCGGCAGGGGGAGGUCAGGUUGGUCUUCCACUCGUCAAUCACAACGGCGCCACCAAAAGCAUCAUCGACUAUACGUUAGAAAAAGUGAACGAAGCCAAAGCCUGCCUCCAGAGCUUGACGACAGACUCAAAGAGACAGAUUAGCAAUAUCAAACGAGAGAAAUCCAACCACAUGCUUGAAGGAGGUGUGGAUGAGAAGGUGCAGGAAAACAACAUGUUUACACCUUAUGCUUGCCAAUAUUGCAAAGAAACCUUCCCCGGGCCAAUACCUUUGCAUCAACAUGAACGCUACCUGUGUAAAAUGAACGAGGAGAUCAAAGCAGUGCUGCAGCCCAGUGAGAAUCUAAUGCCCAACAAACCAGGGAUAUUCAUGGAGAAGAACACCCACUUACCCUCCUCCAUGUUGUCUGACAAGGGACUCACUGGGCCCCUUAACCCCUACAGGGACCACAUGUCUGUGUUGAAGGCAUAUUUCGCCAUGAACAUGGAGCCCAACUCGGAGGAGCUGCUCAAGAUUUCCAUAGCAGUUGGCCUUCCUCAGGAAUUUGUCAAGGAGUGGUUUGAGCAGCGGAAGAUGUACGAGUACGGCACUACCAGAACCCCACCACUAGAGCACAGGAACAACGCGGAUAUGGUUGUCGGAACAAAUAACCACCACACUCCACCAAAAGACUCUUUGGCAGCUAGGUCACCUGUGUCUCUACUCAAACCUACUGACCGCAUCACAUCCCCCUCCAUAGCAGAGCUUCAUAACAACGUUAACAACUGUGACAACUCGCUGAGACAUUUGAAAAACCACCAGUUCAGCGGCAACACCAAACACGCAGGUGAAAAGUUGGACCACUCCCGCAGCAACACCCCCUCCCCACUAAAUCUGUCCUCCACAUCUUCCAAAAACUCUCACAGCAGCUCCUACACUCCAAACAGCUUGACUUCAGAAGACCUGCAGGCUGAGCCGCUGGACCUGUCUCUGCCGAGACUCAUGAAGGAACCCAAGCAUGCACUGACUGUCAAAAGCAGACUUAAAGUCAACAGCAUUACCAUUGACCAUAACAGCAUCCCUUCUCCCCGAGAGCACUUCGAAGAGCCUUUGAACUUGGUCUAUCUCAAGAAGGAUUUCUCAGGCUCGACCAACAAUGGAACUAGAAAAAGCACUAGCCCCAUCUUCGGCAUUAACCCCUUUGCUGCCAAACCCCUUUACACGUCACUUCCACCUCAGAGCGCUUUCCCACCUGCCACAUUCAUGCCCCCGAUGCAGGCCAGCAUACCAGGUCUUAGGCCCUACCCGGGCAUGGAUCAAAUGGGCUUCCUACCACACAUGGCCUACACUUACGCGGCAGGGGCAGCUACCUUUGCCGAGAUGCAGCAGAGGAGAAAGUACCAGCGGAAACCAGGUUUCCAGGGGGACCUGCUCGACGGUACACCAGAUUACAUGUCAGGGCUGGACGACAUGACAGACCCCGACUCCUGUCUGUCGCGGAAGAAGAUUAAGAAGACCGAAAGUGGCAAGAGGCCGCACCAGUGCCAGAUCUGCAAGAAGGCCUUCAAACACAAACACCAUCUCAUUGAGCACUCCAGGCUGCACUCGGGGGAGAAACCCUACCAGUGCGACAAGUGUGGGAAGAGGUUCUCCCACUCAGGCUCCUACUCGCAGCACAUGAACCACCGUUACUCCUACUGCAAGCGGGAGGCGGAGGAGCGGGAGGCGGCCGAGAGGGAGGCCCGCGAGAAGGGCCACCUGGAGCCCACUGAGCUGCUCAUGAGCCGGGCGUACUUGCAGGGCAUGACUCCUCAGGGCUACCCAGAGCUGGCGGAGCGCGAGGCCAUCCUGAGGCACGACGCCGUGAACGGAGGGAUCAGAGAGGGACGGAAGGAAGUGGAUGGAACGUACGCAAAGAUUGGACGGAGGGACGACGAGUUCGAGGAGGAGGAGGAGGAGAGCAAAAGCAUGGACACGGACCCGGACACGUUGAGGGACGAGGAGGAGAACGGAGAGCACUCGAUGGACGAUAGCUCGCUGGACGGCAAAACGGAAACCAAAUCGGAUCACGAGGACGCGAUGGAGGAUGGCAUGUAAUCAGUGGCGACAUUUUUCAGAAGCUUCCCAUCUAAAAAAAAAAAUUCUUUUUUUUAAAAAAAAAUUCUCUUUUUCUCUUUCGGUUCAGUAUUCUUACCUGCUCGGUUUAAAACGCCGUGUUUUAAGCUGUACGUGCACGUGCCUGAAGCUUCCGGGAAGCUUUUCUUUGACAAGACUCCUCGGGUGGGAAGUAGGGGGAACGAUGUCUGCCGAACAAGACACGGACUCGAAAAAUCAAUCCAGAGGAGGUGUUGAGGGAAGGGAGGCAUGGGUUUGUGAAAUAAGCUGCAUUAUGCAAACCGAACAAUGAAUAAAUGAAUACAUUUCAAAAAAUGUACAGUACUAAGGCCUAAAAAUAUGUGUGGUGCUAACCUCCUCAAAUAAACCCCCUGUGUUCCAUAGUAUUUAUAGCACAACUAGUGACUUGUACAAAUUGCACUCCGCUUCUAUAAUCAUGAACAAAAAUAAUAAAAAGUAUUGCCUAUGUAUAUAUUUAUACAGUGUUGGAAAAAGAGCAGUAGUAUCUGCACUACAGUCCUUCGAUAUUACCUUUGUUAUCACCUACCUACCUACCUACAGUGUCGUCUUUAGUUUCGCCACAAACAUCUCCAGCCACACUGUUUUAGGCCUCUUGAAUCAAAUGAAGGAAUUCAAACAAGACUUUGUGAAGGAGCUUUUUUUUUUUCUUUUUGAUUUUUUUUCUUAAGAGGAGAAGAAGUUUUAAAGAGACCUUCAUUUUAAGGGAAAAUACAGUUUAUGGACAGAUGGGGGACAAAAAAAAAAGAAAAAAAUGAAGGACGAAGCCUUUGUAAGGUGUUUUUUGAUAAGAAAAAAGAAGCCUUAUAUGCAAACCUUUUAACCUGUGUGUUUUCUGCAAGUGCCACCCUCGUAUUGUGUAAAAGGAAGGUUACUUUUUUUCACCAGCUUCAGUAUUAUGAAAUGGUUCACCGUUGUUCUUUGAAGCACCCGUGUCAGUAUUAAGACUUAUAGGCAGCAGUUCCUUAGUUUACAUUAUGUUGUGCAAUGUUUUCUCAGUUCUUUUCUUUAAACUUUGUCAGUAUUACACCAAACCAUUUUUUUUGAAAACAACAAAAAUUGCAUUCAUUUAUUUGUAGGUUGAAAAAAAACAUUAUUUAUGUGGCCCAUUUUAUAUUUCCUAAUUUUAUUUAUUUCAUACUGUUGUGUACAGUACUAUAGUUCUUCAAUAUAUAGAUAUAUUUUAGUAAAAAGGAACAUGGUGUCGAUCAUAGGGGCAAAUUUUACGUAAAGAGAGCAUUUAUUGUGUUUUGAAACAUUGUGAAAUGCGAAGUUUAAUCUUAUUUUAUUUUAUUUCCUUUUAUUUUCCAGUUACUGGAAAAUUCCAAAUUUGGGAACUUUUAUACAAUUGUGAAAACACUGUAUUUUCGACUGAAAAAUUCCACUUUCUUCAUCUUUGUUUCUUUUUUUAAGCUAAAAAAAUGAAGAGGGACUGUUAAAUACUAUGUAUGAUAUCAUGACUGAAGAAGAAUCUUUCCUGAAAUGUCUUUGUAAAAGUAUUAUUGAAUUCUUAAUUUGUAAUUUCUCUUGAAAAUGACCCUGCUCGAAUAAAAGUAGCCAAAUUACAGAGUACCAAA